AUGUCUGCUCAAGCUAAGAGAAAACAGAAAGAAGUCGAAGAACAAGAAGAGACUGAGACUCAGGAUGAACGGGUUGAAGGACCGACCCUGACUAAAGUCCUCGAGAACGAAGGAAUCAACGCAGGUGAUAUUAAGAAGCUCGAGGAUGCAGGCUAUGCCACAGUUGAAGGUAUCGCCUUCACACAGAAGAGACAGCUGACUCAGAUCAAGGGCCUUUCAGAAGCGAAGGUUGACAAGAUACUUGAGUGAGCAGCCAAGAUCGUUAAUCUUGGAUUUUGUACAGCGACUAGUUUCUUUGAGAAGAGACAAGCUAUUACAAAGGUCUCGACAGGGUCGAAAACUCUGGAUGCGCUCUUAGGAGGAGGAGUCGAGACUGGAUCGAUAACAGAGAUUUUUGGAGAAUUUAGAACUGGUAAAACACAGAUCUGUCAUACUCUUUGCAUAACUUCCCAACUCAGUGAGGAAAAAGGAGGUGGUGAAGGAAUGGCUAUGUAUAUCGACACAGAAGGAACCUUUAGGCCUGAAAGAUUAGUCCCAAUAGCUGAAAGAUAUGGACUCGAUAUCAAUGAAGUACUUGAAAACGUAGCUUACGCAAGAGCUCACAACUCAGAUCAACAAUGCAAGCUCAUCAAGCAAGCUGCAGCCCUAAUGUGCGAGAACAGAUUCUCUGUCGUCAUUGUAGAUAGUGCAACUGCUCUCUACAGGACAGAUUAUAGUGGAAGAGGAGAGCUUUCUGCAAGGCAAAUGCACUUGGCUAAAUUUCUCAGAAGCCUUCAAAAGCUUGCUGAUGAAUUUGGAGUGGCUAUCGUAAUUACAAACCAAGUGGUUGCUCAAGUUGAUGGUGCAUCAAUGUUUGCAGAUAGCAAAAAGCCGAUCGGAGGACAUAUCAUGGCUCAUGCCUCCACUACCCGCUUAUCUCUUAGAAAAGGAAGAGGUGAAACUAGAGUUUGUAAAAUUUACGAUUCCCCUUGUCUCCCAGAAGGUGAAGCAAUGUACAACAUCACAGAGGCUGGAAUUGAUGAUUGUAAGGAUUAA